AAACGGCGGUGGCGGCGGCGGGCGCGGGGCGGCGUGGCGGGCGCGGAGCGGCGAUGCGCCUGACGCAGAGCAUGUGCACCAUCGGCGAGUGCGCGCCCGGCGGGGACGGCUGCCCGUCCGCACGGCCCCGCCUCGUCAAGAUCGCGGUGGUGGGGGGCAGCGGCGUGGGCAAGACAGCGCUCGUGGUGCGGUUCCUCACCCGGCGGUUCAUCGGCGACUACGAGCGGAACGCAGGUAAUCUCUACAGCAGGCACAUCCAGAUAGAUGGAGAGAUGGUGGCUAUUCAAGUGCAAGAUACUCCGGGAGUUCAGAUCCAUGAACACAGUCUGGAUUGUAAUGAGCAGCUGAACAGAUGCAUUCGCUGGGCAGAUGCCCUGGUGAUAGUCUUCUCCAUCACAGACUGUAAAAGCUAUGAACUACUCAGUCACCUUUACCAUCAUAUUCGACAGCUGCAUCCAGGAAACACAGUCCCUGUUGUCGUUGUUGCAAACAAAGCUGAUCUCUUGCACAUCAAAGAGGUGGAGCCUCAGCAGGGACUUCAGCUGGCCAACAUGCUGGGCUGUACUUUCUAUGAAGUAUCUGUCAGUGAAAACUAUAACAAUGUCUUCAAUGCCUUCCAUCUCCUCUGUAAAGAAGUCAAUAGGCAGCAAACAACCAGCACCCCUGAGAGAAGGAGAACCUCUCUUAUUCCGCGGCCAAAAUCACCCAACAUGCAGGAUCUGAAAAGAAGGUUUAAGCAAGCUUUGUCUGCCAAAGUGAGGACUGUCACUUCUGUUUGACAGCAGAGACUCUGGUCUUCCCAGCGCUUAGCCCAAGACUGAAACCUGGGGUGUUUAACACUGGCACGUCUAGAGUCCAAGGCAUUGUGAAAGACGGAUGGUUCAAGUACUCUUUUGCAUGGCUAUAGGAGUUUUUAAGCAUUUGCUUAAGUAGUCACAGAUUGGAAAAGGAAAAAAAAAAAACAAAAACUCUUGAAAUAGUUCUAGGAUGUGACUUGGAGAAUGAGUAUUUUCAAAUGGAAAAGGAACUUGUCAGUAAAUGAAACAAGCUUUCAGUUUGCUUUUAUUCAGUCAUACAGCUUUGGCUUUCAUUUGUGCAGAAGCAACCUUUUUAGCUGUAACUCAACCUGUACUUGAGCAGGGAAACACCCUGCAGUUCACUGUUAAGAAGUAACCACUUGAGUCUUGUUUUUCCAUGGAUGAAGGACAGCAUGAUGCAUCUGUUUAAUUUCAUUGCACAGCAGAACUGUUUAUCUCAAAACAAAUAAGCAAACAUGAAAUUGCUCUGUAAAAAUAAGUGUAAAAUAAGUGGAUAGGACUGGGUAUCAAGACUGUAAACAAUGGUCCUUUAUUUUUUUACUAGCUAUGGUAUUGCUGACAACUUGAUGAGAUUUCUUUGUAUGCAAAACUAUUGUGCAGAGGGUGUAAACAUACCUACUUACAAAUAACUUGUGGAUUUUACAGACUAAAAUGAUUCAACUUGGAGCUUUUGAGGAAUGAGUGUGGAGGUGGAGUCCAUUAUAGCUGUCAGUCUAAGACACCUCUCUUCUCUCUCCCGUGUGCAAUAGGCACAGAAGGAAUGUGGCUGUGAUUCAGUGCGGUGUGAAGCACAUCUGGCUCCAGGCGAUGAAGCUGGUGGCAUAUUCUGAGCUGAGCCAGUCUGUCUUCAUCCUUAAACAUGUGGCAGAUUUAUAUAUAUACACACACACACUUUUUUACAUUGAGCCAAUGGAGUUCAAAGCCUGAGGGCCUUAUACACAUGCACUUUAAAAAGCCGGUUGUGCUUUUGUUUAAACUGUAACUUAUUUAUUUUGUGUACAGUUACUCCUCCUAGGGAGUGAACUUUUCAUUCUUACUGCCUGGUUCAAUAUUAAACUUUUGAAUUGCA